UUUAUACACAGGCAAUCUAAAAUCCCUUUCUCUACAUAAACCAUCAUCACAAAAAAAUCCACUAAACGGCAUCAUUUUGGCUCUGUAACGAACGAGCAUUCAGUAUUUGACAGAAUACACUACAAAAAGACUUCAGCAGCCCCAGCCAGCUCUGGUGUUUAGAUGUAGAAUGAACGUCUAAAAUAAUGGCUUGUGUUGUGGAGUAGGGAGAGGAGCCGUGGGGGGGAGGUGACUCCUAUCAGGGGUUUGGUUUCCGAUGGAAAACGGAAAAAGGCAUCUUGUCAGUCUGGUAGUGAGGCCCCGACGUCACAGCACAGAGACUCUGGUCCGGGGUUGUUUCUAUACUGGAAACUGAACGCAAAGGCACGAGCGAGGACCUUAUUCUACUUUCUCUGUUAGAUAAUAACCAAUCGAUUUCAGGCAACGAUGAAUCAUCUCACUCGUUCACCUGGGUUAAUUAAAUAUCUCCCUAUUUACUUGGGCCUAUUCAUCAUUACUUUCUCAGUUAUUUGCGCAACGCCGUUUCAGUACAACAUGUUUCAAGGGAGCGCUUAUUCUGGAGGGGAGCCUCGACAGAGAAACAAAAACUGGUGCGCUCAUGUCGUGCACAAGAACGUGAGCGGUGCGGUGCUGAGUGGGACGGAGGUGUUCGUCCAGCCGGAGCACAGGCCGUGCCCGGGGAGGUACCCGGACUGCGCUCAACAGCAAGGCCAGCGGAGACACUUCCGGCCGACCUACAAGAUCGGCUACAGGCAGCUGACAGAGCUGGAGUGGAGGUGUUGUCCAGGUUACCAGGGUUAUGACUGCAGCGAGCCGAAGGGUGGAUCUCCGCGGCAACCCCCGGCCGCCCCAUACCGAGCCCCCGCGGACCGGGACCAGCCUCGGGUGGGGGGGCAGCAGCCCCACUCUUGGGGGUGGCAGGCUGAGCCCCAGAGGGGUCGGGGGGCCCAGGACAGCCCCUCCACGCUGCAGCGCAUGGAGGAGGACAUCCAGCGUCUGUCCCAGAUGGUGCUGGACAUGCAGGCGGCCAUGACGGACAUGAGCUCGGGUCUGCGUCUGGGCCUCCAGGAGGACGCCAGCAAGAUGCUGGUGACGCUGCUCCAUGAGCGGCGCCCGCCGAGUGGCGCCCGGGGCGGGGACACUGAGAUGUUCCAGCUGCAGGGGCUCUCCCUGGAGCACGACCCGUCGCACGAGGACGAGGUGCUGGGCAGGAUCAACCAGGUGGUGGACACGCUGGAGACCAAGAGCAACGCCCUGGACGAGCUCCAGGGGCGGGUGGACCACCACGACGGGCAGCUUCGUCUGCUGAUGGAGGUCUCGCAGGGCUCCCCGGCCACUCCCCCCUUAUCCUCUUCGUCUUCUUCGUCCUCUUCGUCUUCUUCGUGUUGCGUGGGCGGAGACACGACCCUGCGAGCCUACGUGGACGAGAAGCUCGGAGCUCUGAGGGAUGAGCUGAUGGAGGGCAUGGAGAUAAAGAUGUCCGACCUGAAGAACUCCUGCGACUAUAAGAUGAUGUCGGUCCAGGUAGAGUCGGAGGCACAGGAGGACAACUACCUCAGCCUGGCCGAGCUCAUGGACUCCAAGGAGUCGGACCUCCGCAAAGAGAUCCUGGACGUCAGAACCAAGUUGGAAGUGUUGGAGAGCAAAAAGGUUGUUGUAGGUGUUUCUGUUCCAGACAUCCACGCUGUUCUGGCCCGGUUGGAAAACGUUGAGCUCCGUCUGAACCUGUCCGAGAAGAACAUGGAGGCUCAGAGCCUCUUAGGGGAGCAGAAGCUUGGAAAACAAGCGGACCAGGGAUGUGAAGAUCUGAGGAGAACUUUGGAGGACAAGAUAACUUUUGUGGAGGACAGAAUCUCCUCUCUCGAGGAGAAGGAAGACGAACGUCUUAACUCCCAGUCUGGGAUUGCAGAAGCACAAGGUCUCGUUGCUCUUCAGAGCGAGAUGAACUCUCAAAGAAACUCUGUCAACAUAUUGGAGGGGAGACUGGACACCAUAGACAGGUUGAAUUCAAAAGAGUGCAACAAGUGCAAACCAACGUUUGUAGCGAACACUGAACGAGAAAAAGACCAAACUCUGAGCUCCAGGAAUGAGGUUGACCCCUCCCAAAAUAGUGUCAACGGCCAAUCGGCUUCCACGGAGCAAGGGGUUCUGAGACGUCUGUCCAAUGACAGCCGGAGCAGCCUUGAGGACCCCUGGAGUGUACUGGGUUUCGUGCAAGCCCGGCUGGAGAGGUUGGAGGGCUCCAUGUCAAAUGUGGACAGCUCUGUUCUUCAACACUCCCAGGAGCUCCAGGACCUCAACGCCACCUGCACCCAGGCCAGCAGAGGACCAGCCAAGGACCAGCUGGAGAUCUGGGCCAGGCUGGAAGAGCUCCGCAGGGAGGUGAGGACCAAGGCCGAUGACUGCCAGGUCCAAACCCGAGACGUGGGCCGGGAGGUAGCCGGUGUGGAAGAGCGCAUUGGGAGUCUACAGAAGGUGUGCGACAAGCUGGACCCGAUGUCUGGCUACCUGCAGGAGAUCGAGGAGGCUCUGAACAAAAACGUGAGCGGCUUGUGGACGAGUGUCAGCCAGCUGAACGGGACCCUGAGAGCUCAGGGCCGGGGCAUCGCCCAGCUUAGAGGAACCCUUCAGGACCUCCAGGACCAGGCGUCUGGUGGGUCCGAAGACCUCCUCACAGGCGGUACCCGGGUUACCACAGGCGGAGGGGCGGGUGUUGGGGUUAUGCCCACUCUCGCCCCCACCCCCUCCAAAGACUCCGCCCCUCCUAAGGUCAGGGGCGUGGCAGUAGGGGGCGUGGCUAUGGGUGGCAUGGAGAAGGAGAGUGUGGCCGGGCCCCGGGUGGUUGAAACGGGCCAGGCAGGGCCCCCGGGGACCAAGGUGGCCUCCCGGCCCGUCCUGGGGGCCAACGGCAGCAUGGCCACCGUGCACGGAUACGCCGGAGCCCCUGCAUCCCCGUCCGAAGCCAGUGUCUCGGUUAAGAUUGACAUGCCCCCCCGUCCAGAUACAUACAUGAGUCAUACAGUACGCUUCCUGGAACCUGCUGGCCCUUCAGGGGUGAAGGUGUGUUUCUCAGCAGGGUUUAGCCUCCCCUCCUUCCCUGGGGAGGUUGGGAUCAUCCGCUUCAACAAGGUCUUGGUCAACGACGGAGGACACUAUAACCCCCUUAAAGGUGUGUUUACGGCACCGCUGGACGGCCGCUACCAGCUGAGUGGCGUGCUGACCGCCCAGCGAGGGGCGACUGUGGAGGCGGUGCUCUCUGUGGCCAAUCGCAGCAUCCAGAAGCUUUACACGGCGGGAUCUCCUUCGGGGGCCACGGUGGAGGGGCCCCGGGGCCCGUGUGAGUGUGGGGGUGCCGUGGCGACCCUGAACCUGGUGCUCAGCCUGAAGCGUGGAGACCAGGUGGGGCUGGUGAUGACCGCGGGGAAGCUCGCCGUCUCAGCCUCGUCGGAAUUCCUGUCCACGUUCAGCGCCGUGCUUCUCUACCCCUCCCCCGCCAACCUCAGAUAA